UGCAGCUUCAUGGGGAGGAAUCACUUAUGUAACUGGGACAGCAGAUUUAGCAGGUGGAGAGAGGAGGCAGAGGCUCUGGAUGGGAACAGUGAGCUGUCGGCAGGGGUACCAUGCCCGGGUGCUUGCUUCUCAUAAGCAGGGUGGCAACAUCCAGGGUCCCUGGGUCCGAGGCUGGAAGAGCCUCUGGUCAGGUGUGGGGACUGCCAGGUCAGGUCUGGAAGAGCUGUGGGGACUACGGGGGCAUCAGUGCCUACACCAGGAGCCCCUGGAGCCGGCCCCGUUGCUAAUAGAGAAGCCUCUGUCUGAGUGGCCACUGCCUCAGUUCAUCAACCUUUUUCUGCCGGAGUUUCCCAUUAGGCCCCUUAGGGGGCAUCACCAGCUGAAGAUUUUAGGACCUGUGGCUAAAGGCUCCUUUGGAAUGGUCCUCAAGGUGCUAGAUUGUGACCAGAAAACAGUAUGUGCGGUAAAGGUGGUGUCCAAGGUAAAGGUCCUACAGAGGAGCAUCCUGAGGCAGUGCAAACAGGAGGUUAGCAUCCAGCGACAGAUCAACCAUCCUUUUGUACACGGUUUGGGGGACACUUGGCAGGGAAAACGGCACCUCUUCAUUAUGUGCAGCUACUGCAGGACAGAUCUGUACUCCCUGUGGUCCUCUGUCGGCUGCUUGACUGAGGCCUCCCUCCGCCUCUUUGCUGCUGAACUGAUUCUGGUGCUGUGCUAUCUCCAUGAUCUGGGCAUCAUCCACCGAGAUGUGAAGAUGGAGAAUAUCCUUCUGGAUGAACGAGGCCAUCUGAAACUGACAGACUUUGGUCUGUCCCGCCACCUGCCCCAGGGAGCCCGAGCCUAUACUAUCUGCGGCACUCUUCAGUACAUGGCUCCAGAGGUCUUGAGUGGAGGGCCUUACAACCAUGCUGCUGAUUGGUGGUCCCUGGGUGUCUUGCUUUUCUGUCUGGCAACUGGGAAGUUCCCAGUGGCUGCAGAGAAAGAUCAUGUGGCCAUGUUGGCAAGUGUGACCCACUAUGAUUCUGAGAUCCCAGCUUCUCUUAAUCAGGGGCUCUCACUCCUGCUCCAUGAGCUCUUAUGCCAGAAUCCCCUCCACCGUCUACGUUAUUUGCAUCACUUCCAGGUCCACCCUUUCUUUCGGGGUGUGGCCUUUGACCCAGAGCUCCUACAGAAGCAGCCAGUGACCUUUGUUACGGAGACACAAGCUACCCAGCCCAGUCCAUCGGAGUCCAUGCUUUUCAAGAACUUUGACUGUAACCUGGAGUCCUACCUGGUCCGUCCCAGCCUUGCUCGAGCCCCUCUACUGUAGCUUGGGGCCUAUAUGGGAACCUAAGGAUCUCCUCCACUGCCAACUCAGUAUGACCCCUUUGAUGAUCUAGUUUGUUUUUACUCUGUAGCCUCUUAGCAUUCUAUUCUAUUACUUGUUGGACCAGAGUUCAAAUCUUGGGCGUUCUGCUAUUGGUAGCCACACUUGGCCCUACUCCUCCCUACCCCCUAAUAAACUCACCUCUCAAUUCAACAUCUCAGAUCAGAGUGUUGACCUUUUCCUUUGCUUCAUUUCUCCGAUGCUCAUACCCAGAGGCUUAUUCUGCUUUUCCCUUUCCUUGUUUCUCUGCCAUAUUUCCUUUCUUGAGCAAUAACACUAAAUGGAGUCUCAAGGUGCUAUUCAUGUCAGAACUAUGAAUGUUUUCAAAAGUCUCAAAGGCUGGCAUCACAACCCCUAAAUAUGCAGCUAAAACAUAUGAUCUGGGGACUCAAAGCCAGUGUGUGAUAAAUCUAAUAUUUAAA